GAAACUUGCACAAAUGAAUUAAAUAUAUUGGAACGUGAAAACGAUGAACUAUGUUGUUCUUUGUCCUGAAAUAUGAAAGUGAGACAAACAGGAGGUGAGGAGUCACAUGACCCGGUGUCAGCGAGAAGAAUAACACGAAAAAUGAUGCCAGAGCACAUCAGUCUGAAAGUGCAGCAUGAAGACGACGCUGCUCUUCCUCUUGUCGCUGAUCCUCCGGACGUCUGGUGAGUCCGCCAUGGCGACCGUUGCUCCCGACACGUCUCAGUAUUUCGAGUAUGAGCAGGUCAUCGUUCUCUGUGAACACUCGGGCUCCGACCAAUGGACGUUGUGGAGAUACACGACAAUAGGUUUGCAGCUGUCCCAUUGUGGGAGUGGCUGGGGAAGUCAGACGUCGUCCAGCUGCGACUUGAACGCGGUCAAACCGCAGGCCAGCGGAUUUUACUGGUGUCAAUCUGAACACGGACACAGCAGCAACGUGGUCAACAUCACCAUCACCGGUCAACCAGUGAUCCUUCAGAGUCCCGUCCGCCCGGUGGCCGAGGGACAUGACGUCACUCUGCACUGUAAAACAAAGACUCCGCUCCACAACCCCACGGUGGAUUUCUAUAAAGACGGCGCCCUCGUCAGGGCGGAGCCUACGGGUCACAUGACCAUCCACCACGUGUCCAAGUCCGACGAAGGCGCCUACACGUGUGUGGUCGGAGGCCUGGAACCGUCUCCCCCCGCCUGGCUGCUGGUCGCAGACGAUUUGGCGCCGGCGUCUCUCGCGGCGACGCCCGACUCGUCUCAGCUGAUCGAGUACGACAACCUGUCCCUGAGCUGCGGCGACAACAGCAGCUCCCACGGGUGGAGCGUCAAGAGGUUCACCAGCGUCGGCGAGCAGCUGUCCAGCUGCGGAGAGAAGUGGGGGACGCCCACGUCGUCGGGCUGCGUGCUGCAGACGGUCAAGCAGCCCGACAGCGCCGUCUACUGGUGCGAGUCGCCCUCGCGGCAGAGGAGCAACUCCGUCAACGUCACGGUUCACGACAAACCGGUGGUCCUGCUGAGUCCCGUGCUCCCGGUGGCGGCGGGAGACAUCGUCACGCUGCACUGUAGAACUAAGAACGCGCCCUCCAGCCUCCCGGUUGCUUUCUACAAAGACGGCUCCCACGUCAGCGACGAGCCCGCGGCGCACAUGACCAUCUACGACGUGUCCAAGUCCGACGAAGGAGCCUACACGUGUGACGUCAGAGGCCUGGGCCGCUCGCCCCCCGGCUGGCUGUUCGUCAGAGACGGGGCCGCCGCCGCCGCCGCUCCGACCCCGACCGUGUUCACCGCAAUCCGCUGCAUCGUGGUCAGUUCGCCGUACCUCAUCUCCACGCUGCUCCUGGUGUCCAGAUACCGACAGAGGCCCGCAGAGAGGUCCCCGACUGUUUCCAUGGCGAUGACCCCACCCGGCGUCGGCGUCGCCGGGGGAUUGGACGGAGAGUACAGCGAUGUCACUGACGACGUCACCACCGAGCAUCACUUCUAACACAGACAUUCUCUCUCACGUUGUUUGUAUAAUUCGUCCAAUGAGAUGUUCCCGUCUCGUCACAGCUCCGCCCUGAUUGGUCGUCGUGGUCUGUCAGGUGUGGGUGUGUGUGUCCUCUGGUCCUGGACUUGCUCUUUAUGUUUUUUUCCCCUUUUUAAAAAAUACAAAUCCUGUUUUAUUGUGUAAAGUUUUGGUUUAAGUUUUUAUUCAAUAUUUUGACAAUAAAGCUAAAGAAAAAUUGUGUCUGACAUGAGAUUGAAAUGUGCUCAUCAAUAAUUGUUGAUGAUAAUUGUUAUUAUUAUCAAUUUAUUUGCCAAUUAUUUUCCCAAUUCAUCAAUAAAUAGUCUUUAAAACUAAAAUAAAAACCGACUGUUAUUCA